GUAAGAAGAGAAAAGGAAAGAUGAAUUGUCGAACGACAGCAUCUGGGCUUGGGACAUAGUUGCCCGCCAGAGACAUCGGGGUACUGCCCAUGGUGGUGAUUCAAGCAAAUUUGUUUGGUAUACCUUUUUUGUUUUACAAGUGUCAUCUUUGCUCACCGUUAAAAUUUGAGAGGUCCAAUUCUUAUGCUCAAAGGCAAAAAGUUCGGAUUCUUGGUUUCCAAGGUGGAAUCUGAUGCUGCACUAAGCCGUCCACACUCGAUGCCUAUAUAGGUUGUUGUAUGUGCAUCAUCACUUUCCACCCACAAGCAACAAUAUUUUUCACCUCUGAGCUUUGCAUCUUGUUCUUUUAUUUCCAGCUUCACUGCUUCAAGUUAGCAGUCUUCUUCAUGGAGGAUAGGAAAGAGACUGGAAGCGAGAAGAAGAAGAAGAGCAUAGAAGUCGGGCCAUGGGGAGGAAAUGGUGGAACUAGCUGGGACGAUGGGAGUUACCAUGGCGUGAGGGAGAUCACUCUUGUUUUUGGCCAUUGCAUCGACUCGAUCUGCGCGGUGUACGAUAAGAACGGAAAGCCUGUGGCGGCGGAGAAGCAUGGAGGUGUUGGAGGCAAUCAAGCAGCUGAGAUUAAACUGCAGUUCCCGGACGAGUAUUUGGUCAGCGUAAGCGGCUACUACUGUCCCGUGGUUCACGGAGGCAGUCCGGUCAUUCGAUCGCUCACCUUCAAGAGCAACAAGAGAACGUUCGGGCCGUUCGGGAUGGAACACGGCACGCCGUUUUCUUUCCCUUUGGACGGUGGCCGGAUAGUUGGAUUCAAGGGCCGAAGCGGCUGGUACCUCGACUCUAUUGGGUUCCAUGUGUCCCGAGCUCAGCCACCGAAGCUACUUCAGAGAGUUCGCAAGACAUUUCGGAGACUUGCUACUGUUUCGAAGAUGACGUCCGAGGACGGAGAAGGUAGAGGCCCUUAAAGUAUGCCUAUGCAUAGAUGCGAUCAAUAAGCUGUGCUAUUCAGACUGUCCCUUUUGUCCUCUAAUUGUAGUAAAGAAUAGUAACUUUUUCAA